GCCGGCCAGCAGCGGGCCGCCCUCCGUGGGGCCCGGGCCCGGGCGCGGCGGCCGCCCGUGGUGGGGAAGCAGGCCAGGGCGAAGGAAGCCGGGCGUCCGGGCUCCCCGCCAUGGAGGGCAUGGACGUGGACCUGGACCCCGAGCUCAUGCAGAAGUUCAGCUGCCUGGGCACCACCGACAAGGACGUGCUCAUCUCCGAGUUCCAGCGGCUCCUCGGCUUCCAGCUAAACCCGGCCGGCUGCGCCUUCUUCCUGGACAUGACCAACUGGAACUUACAAGCAGCAAUUGGCGCUUAUUAUGACUUUGAGAGCCCAAAUAUCAGUGUGCCCUCCAUGUCCUUCGUUGAAGACGUCACCAUAGGAGAAGGGGAAUCUAUACCUCCUGAUACUCAGUUUAUAAAAACAUGGCGGAUCCAGAAUUCUGGGGCAGAGGCCUGGCCUCCAGGGGUUUGUCUUAAGUAUGUCGGGGGAGACCAGUUUGGACAUGUGAACAUGGUGAUGGUGAGAUCGCUCGAGCCCCAAGAGAUUGCAGAUGUCAGCGUCCAGAUGUGCAGCCCCAGCAGAGCAGGAAUGUAUCAGGGACAGUGGCGGAUGUGCACUGCUACAGGACUCUACUAUGGAGGGGCUCCACGGGCCUUACCCCUUCGGACAGUCUUAAACGGGUGUCAGCAAGAAGAAAAAUUAACAAAAGACAGAAGGCCUGACUUUGGGGGGAGAGGGCAAGGGGUUCCUCUGGAUUGCAGACCACAUCGCACGGACCCCUGGCUCAGACCCCCACCUACCCCCCAAUCACGGAAGAAGAGGAAGAAAGACUGGUUUUGAGUGAACUCAGUAUGCAUGUGUGAGUGCUGAACUGCAGGAAUGGUGUUGAGGCAACCAAGAAGAAAUCCACGCAGAAAUCCACCUUGGGUUUGGGUGAUGACAUCAGUCUAAUGAGUUGUUAGGUCAUUCGGGAAGGGGCAGAAAUUUAAAAUGGGGGAAAAUAAGCCAUCUUUUUAAACAAAAAUUAUUUUACCUACAGAGAGGUUGUAGUUUUGAGCACAUGUUAGUUUUUCCCUCUUCCCGAUGUUUCUUUUAAGUAAGGGACGGCGUGCUCUACAGAGCGGUGCUUGCUCUGGAAGCCGUCACAGUGAGAUGAGGCUGGCAUGGCAUGUUUGGGGACUCUGCCAGUCAGUGUUGCUGGGCUCGUGCCCCCACCUGACUGCAGUCUGACCUCGAUGGUUCUUAGUGGCUUCUGCCAAUGAUAUAUCACCUUCCCCUCUUUUCAGUCUCUUGUUGAUUCAUACCUUUGACAUUUGUGUCUGUCAGCCCAGGGCUUCUUAGCAUCAGCACGCUCUCAAGUCCAGACUUCCUGUAUGGCCAGCAGAAGCCUGGAGGACAGUCUGAGAGGUGGCCUUUUGCACGCUUGUGACAGCUGGGACCGCUUCCUCCCAUGUUUCCCUUGGCAAAGGGAGUGUGGCCACGAAUACGCAAUACUGGGUCCUUCAUGCAGUGGCCUAUCUUCCCUUGGCUCUCGCUGGGUGGGUGCGUGUGCUACAUGCACACAGGGCUGUAACUCAGCAAGUGUGAACUGUGCCCUGCUUCUCUUACCACACAGCUCUCCUCCCUGCCCCCCCCCCAAUGUCCUCGUGGCAUUCUCACAACCUAUUAGUGGAGCUCGAGCUGUUACAGAAUGAUGAUACAGACCCAGCUGGGAGCCCCACUGCUGACCACUGCCUGAGAGGCCACAGUCAGGUGGAAAUGAAAAGACCUCCUCCGGCAGGGGCUGCUUAGUGUGGGGUGGCAAGUUGCAGCCCAGCUGGAGUGCAGGCAUUUGCUCCCUGGGUGGGGUGCAGUGCCCACUAGUGUCCCAUGGACUCCAAGCAGGUUGAAAUAUGGAUGUCUCCAUGGGAAUCUUAAACCAGGCUAGAACAGCUGUCUGCCAAAGAUACAAGAAUAUGCAAAGUCCCUCUUCUUAACCCCUCCUUCCCUAAGUCAGUGGUUUGAGAGCCGGGGAUGUGGAUGUGGUGUGGCUGUAGGGUCCCCUGCUGUCUCCAGCCCCCAUGUGUUCCAGGGUUGUGAGCAGAGCGGGGAGACCAGGGUAUGAAUGGCUGUAAGAGGUCCUCUAGCCUGGGUGUGGGUGCAGGUCUGCCUGCCUGCCUGCCUGUCUCUGGAUGUUUGAGUUCCAAAAGUGUGUGGUGUUUGUUCCUCCUCAUUCUCUUCUGAAACUAUUGAUUUUAAACAGUUGAUUGUGAAAGAAAAGCUUGUAUGAAAAUCCCCCUCACCUUUCCAUGUCCCGAAAAAGCAACCAACAAUAAGCUCUGUUUUGUUGAGGAAGUCCCCUGGGCAAGUGGAAAAGGCCAUGGAGAAGGGCAAGCAGCUGGAUCUCCAGCUAAAUGGGGGCUUCCCUGGGACCCUUACUUCCUCUGCACACUUGGACCCUUGAGCCAAAGGCAGUCCCUAACAGGUGCCCAAGCCACAAAUCUCAGGGGGCUUUUGUCGGAGGGACUCCUUAGGGCCAGUCUCUGAGGACACUGCCGCCCUAGAACACAUGCAUGCCCAGCCAUUCUUACUGCUUCCUGGCCUUGGAGCAAGCAGCGUGUCUCCAGCUGCCCUCUUGGAAUCAUGAGAGGCUUCAACCCUGCCUCACUGGCUUCCCCAUCUAUCCCCUACUAGGUACCAUACUUCCUCAGUUUCCCAGCAGGAACCUCGUGGGCCACUGUCACUGAAUGUCCUUCCCUCAGUAGCAACCUCACUGGGCAAAUGUAACGGCUCAGGUACCCUGGCUUCCUUCCCAGAAACAAGUCCUGUCUGUGCAUCCUUGAGAGGUAGCUCGUUCAGAAGGCCAGAGCAGGUGCAGUCCUUGACCCACAGCUUCCUGGGUCUGUCUUUCUGCAGCCCCUUGGAGCCUUCACAUGCACCAGGCCACCUUCUGGCGGGGCCCCCAGUCUGGCACCCAUGAGGUGAGGCAGACACCAAGUUUCAGGUGGUAAAGAGCCUGAGCCCAGUUGGGGGAAUAGGUGGGUGCAGGCUUGGGAAGACUGUGUGUGUGGAGUGAGGUGUGUGUGUGGAGGUGUGUGCACGUGUGCAUGCCUGUUUUCUUUUUGCCAUGGGGACAAUUGAAUUUGGGGCAUUUUUCUAUAAAAACAGCCUCCUCUCCCCUGUAAACUGGCUGUAACCAUAAGCCAGUCACUUUCACCAAUACAGCAGGUGGCCAAGGUGGGAAGUGAGCAUAAAGACCCCCCAAAUUUAGCCUGAGCUCCCAGCAGGAUAGGAUGAGAGGGUUGCCAGGGCUCACAAAUGCAAACUAAUGUGUUGUCCCCACCCUUGCCCUGUUAUCCUUUGUUUCCUUGGGUGAAUGUGGGGUGACCUGCUGCCCCUCCCAUCUGGACAGUGAUGGGUGUCUGGUGGGGCCUUGUGGUGCCUAGGAGGAGAUGAAGAUGAGGUUUUCCUUACCAUGUAAAUGAAUAUUUGUAUGAUUAAAUUAACACAAAAAAACCCC